UUCACGAGGGUUGCAAAGAUUACGCAUGCGACAAAUGCAAGUGGAAAUUCGGAAGUAAAUAUAAAUUGAUGAGGCACCAAAGACUAGUCCAUAACGGUCUCAAAGAUUAUGAAUGCAACAAGUGCCAAAAUAAGUUUGGACAAAAAUCAGAUUUGCUUAAACACCAAAGGACAGUACACGAAGGUCGAAAAGAUCACGCGUGUGACAAGUGCGAGAAGAAAUUUGGGGAUCGAAGCAAUUUGAUUAAACACCAAGAGAUAGUCCACGAGGGUUGCAAAGAUUUCGCAUGCGACAAAUGCGAUAAGAAAUUUGGCGAAAAAUCGAAAUUGAACAGGCACCAAAAGACGAUACACGAAGGUCACAACGGUUUUGCAUGCAAAAAUUGUGAGCAAAAGUUUGUCGAAAAAAGGAAAUUGAUGAGACAUCAAAUGACAGUACACGAAGGUCGCAAAGAUUUCACGUGCGACAAGUGCAAAAAGAAAUGCAGAGAUCAAACAGAUUUGACCAGGCACCAAAAGAUAGUCCACGAAGGUUUCAAAGAUUUUGCAUGCGACAAACGCGAUAAGAAAUUUGGC